AAGAAAGUCAUCCCUCAACAGGCUUGAUUUAAUUUUCUGGUGAUUUCACAUCAUUCACUGCAUGUGGCAUAAUUCAUGGCAACAUUCGAAGGAAGAAUUUCGUAUUCUUCACUUUCAAAUAUAGAAAAGGAGAACAGCAAAUUUCACUACAUUGAUGACUUCAGUGAGUCUGUCUGGACUAUGCCAGAAGGCCAGAAAGUCUGUCCCUCUGGCAAGAUGUCCUUGAGGCAAGACUUUCCCCUCCAGUAUCCCCUUGAAUCUGAGGAUAUUCUUGAUGAAGGAUAUGAGUCGAGUGAAGAUCAUUGUGUGCAGCAAAAUACUCUCCCUGAAGUGAAUUUGAAGAACGUAUUGAAUGGGAUGUUUUCGAUUUUGACUGGACGCAAUAAAGAUUCCAGUUCUAGUGGGGUUGAGCAAUUUCCCAGUUCAAACAUUUCAUUUCUUGGGUCUUCAAAAAAUGGAGAUGCUUUUUUGCAUUCUUCAGUUUACCUACCUAGUGCUCCACCACUUCUUGAGCCAAAUGGGACUACCUAUAGUGCUUACAAAGAGGUGCUGGAAACUGAACCUCCAGAAUGGCUUCCAGAUAGCUCUACUACCAUUUGCAUGCAGUGCACUGCUCCCUUCACAGCUCUUACCCGCGGCAGACAUCAUUGUAGAUUUUGUGGAGGGAUAUUUUGUCGAGCAUGCUCGAAGGGAAGGUGCUUAUUACCCAUUAAGUUCAGGGAGAGGAAUCCACAAAGGGUGUGCGACAGCUGCUAUGAUAGGCUUGAUCCCUUGCAAGGUGUCCUGAUCAACACCAUCAGCAAUGCUGUGCAGGUUGCAAAGCAUGAUGUCAUAGAUUGGACUUGUGCAAGAGGUUGGUUAAAUCUUCCAGUGAGUUUAUCAAUGGAGCAGGAGAUAUACAAAUCAUGCAACACAUUGAGAAGCUACUGCCAGGUUGCCCGGUUGAACCCUGAGAGGUCCAUACCCAUGGCAGUUCUGCAAAGAGCAAGAGGUUUGGCAGUAUUAACGGUUGCUAAAGCUGGGGCACUUAUUACUUAUAAACUUGGGACUGGUUUGGUCGUUGCUCGAAGGUCUGAUGGAUCGUGGUCUGCACCAUCUGCCAUUCUGUCUGUUGGAUUAGGAUGGGGUCCUCAGAUCGGGGGUGAGCUCAUGGACUUCAUAAUUGUGCUCCAUGAUUCUAAAGCUGUGAAAACAUUUUGUAGUCGUGUGCAUUUUUCUCUUGGGGCUGGAUGCAGUGCUGCAGCAGGACCCAUUGGGAGAGUGUUGGAAGCAGAUGUUCGAGCUGGAGACAGAGGUUCUGGGAUGUGCUAUACUUACAGUUGUAGCAAAGGUGCAUUUGUGGGAGUUUCACUGGAAGGGAACAUUGUUGCAACGAGGAUGGACACUAAUCUAUGCUUCUAUGGUGAUCCUUAUCUCACCACUGCUGACAUCCUUCUUGGGACAGUGGACAGACCUAAGGCUGCUGAGUCCUUGUAUGCUGCCCUCGAUGACCUCUACUCCACACUUCGUUGUUAG